AUGGGGGGUGACGUGUCUCUUGCUGACCUGGAGGCAGCUCUUGCCACGCUGUCACGAUCUGCACAGGGGAGGGGGGACGCGGGAGCAGGGCGAGGCAGACACCAUCGGGCCUCGUCCUUCUCACACGCAUCUCUCUCCCACUCCUCCCGUACCCCCCGUUCUCGCUCCCCCCUCCCCCCAUCCCCCUCCGCCCGCUCCGCAUUUGCGCACUCCCCCUCCAAUCAAUCCCCGUCCCCCUCUGCCCGGCGCUCCCCCUCCCCCUCCGCGCGCUCCCGCUCCCCUGCGCCCACCACCCGCUCCCCUGCGCCCACCACCCGCUCCCCCAACGCCUCUCGCGGCAGCAUGCAUGCGCGGUCACGCAGUUACCACAUGGGCCCCACCUUUGCUGUGCCCACUGCUGCUGGCGCUGUUGAUGGUGCUGCUGCUGGGUCAGGGAUGAGGGUAGGAGCUGGUGGUGUGAGUGACGGUGCCAAUGUGGGGGAGGGUGGCGGAACGAGGAGGGGAGGGCACCACCGCAGCAGGAGCAUCAACACCACCGGUGGUCUCUGCAGCACAGGAGGGGGUGGGGAAGCAGGAGAAGCGAGAGCGGGAGGGGGAGGGCCGGGUCAGUCAAGCUCUGCUGGCACAGGCAGCACGGGCAGCAGUCUAGGCGGCAGCAGCAGGCGGUUCUUGCAGCGGCCACUCAGCUUCAACGCCGUUCAAGGCCUCCUUCUCUCCCGCUCUGGCCCUCGUACUCCCCCUCCCCACCUGCACCUCCCUCCUCUUCCCCUCUCCUCUGACCGCCUCUCGCCCUCCCCGUCCUCCCAUGCUCUCCGCAGCCCCCAACCGAGCCAACAGAUCAGCCCUGGGUACAGCCCGAACCUGAACGCCAGCUUCGGCCACGCGCCGAGCCUGAACGUGAGGAGCAGGUCUCCGAGCCCCCAGGUGCUCUCCCGCGUGGCAAGCACUGGCAGCUUGGUUGACGAGGGGGACGCGGAUGGCGAGGCAGAAACCGAGAGGGGCAGGGGGAGAGUGCGAGGGGGAGGGAGGGCGUUGGAAAGGGAGGGGAGCAGAGGGGAAGGGAGGCGGUCGAGGGGGCCGAGCAGGAGCAGGAGCCGCACUGGUGGGCGGCGGAGGGGGAUGGGCAUGGGGCUGUCGUGGUCCAUGGGGCCGGCGAGGGACGCGGGGGAGUUUGACGAGGACCUGCGGGACUGGGACGGCGAGCUGCUGUUCCGCCCUCACCCCCACCCCCACCUCUUCCCCCCUGACCGCCUGCUCCCAAGUGUUGCUGCUGACGGCGCUGUUCCUGCUGCUGCUGCUGGUGCUGCUGCUGGUGAUGGGAUGGAAGGGGAUGCUGGUUUGCUUGCGCCUGUUGACCACACGCUGGCUGCUGCUGGUCGUCGUGCUGUGGAUCGGGAUGGUUACGCUGGUAACGCUGGUCAUGCUGGUAACGCGCGCGACAGGAGGGCGGGGGGAGCAGGUGCACCGGGGCACAGGCGGUUUGUGUCAGACCUCUUCUUCGAUGCCCCCAUGGAUUACUUCCAGCCCUUCCUGCCCUCCCCUGCUAACUCCUCCGGUGCCUCCAGCCCUGCCCUGGACCGGCUUGCACCGCAUACCACCCAGUUCGAACUUCUCUCACCGCACUCGGGGCAGUUUGAGACCUCCGCCCCGCACACGCCACGAGCACUGCACCUUGACCUCACCCUCCCUCACCCACCCUCCGCGUCACACUUUGACCCACACCUCCCUCUCUCCGGAUCCUUCGAACUCCUCGCCUCUGACCGACCAUCCUCCGAUCUCGCACCACAUAACCCAUUCACAGCCCUUGAGAACAGCAGCGGCAUGAGCCACAGCAGCAACAGCAUCAGCCUGGUGCAUGCCUCCGCGUCACCCUUACUCCCGUCAGCAGCCCCGCUCCCCCCGCGCAGCAGCAGCAGGCGCAAGCUGCUGGGCGAGCGCAGGGGCUCGAGCUUCAAGGAGCGCCGCUCCUUGCGCGACCUCUCCUUCGGGGAUGACCCCGCCUGGCUCAACCCCUCUCUCGCCCCUUCCUCCUCCCCAUCCGCCUCCCCUCCCCCUCCCCUUCCCCUCUCCAUCACUCCCUCUCGUGACACCGGGUCGGCCCUUGCUGCCUCCUCCUCCUCCUCCUCUGCCUCCCGCCACCGAGUGGCCGGCAGUGGUAGUGGCAGUGGCGGCAGCAGGGAGAGAGCCUUCAAUCGGAGCAGCUCUUAUGGAGGACACAGGCGCAUGUUCUCUGGCGGGGAAGGGUUGUCGGGAUCAAGGGAUCUCUAUCCGACAGGGGAUAAAGGCAGCAUGAGAGACUCCCUGGGCGGCGGAGACAUCUUCUUAAGUGCACGGGAGCGGGCGGCAGAUGCCGCAGGCUCCACUCUACAAGCCAGAGGCGCGAGCAGCGGGGAGCACGCGCUGUUUCCCAGAGGGCGAUCCGACCGGGACCUGCUUUUCUCGGAGGAAGGCGUGCGAUUCGCGCCCCCCUCUGGUUCGCUGGGCUCACGCGACCUGCUGUCAGCCAGUCUGCACGGGUCGUUCGUGGGCUCAGACGAGGUGGAAUACCGCGAGGGCGCGUUCGGGAGCUUGGAGCGCGUGGGAGGUGGGGAUCGAGGGGCGGGUGAGAGGCGAGAGCUGGUGGCCUUUGGCAGCACGGAGAAGGAGACAGAAGGCAGGCCUGAGAAGGGCGAGAGGGGCGAGAGGGAUGCGGUGGAGGAGGCGAUUGGCGCUGCUUCUGCAGUUGCUGCUGCUGCAGCGGCUGCUGCUGCUGCAGUUUUCGGCGGUGCUGCUGGCAGUGGGGCCACGGGAUUGAGUGCUGGUGGCUUCAGGGGUGGGCGGGAGCGGUUUGGGUUCCUGUCGUCUGACUUUGACUUUGACCUGCGCACCGGCCCGCUGUACCCGGAUGGCCCCUCUGAGCCCACUCCCUCCGCUGAGACCUUUCUGAAGCCAGAUGCCAUGGGUGUGCAAAACGGUAUGUGUGGGCAGGGUGUGGUGCAAGUGGUUGGGAGCAGGAGCAAGGGCAGCAGCAGCAGCGGAGCAAGGCUGGUGCGUGGCAGUGGCAGUGCCAAGGAGCGUGGCGAGAAGGAGUACAGAGCAAGGGAGCAGGGCGAGGUGCAGUUUGCAGCUAGGGGCAUUGAUGAGAGGGGCGGUGAGGAGGGUGGCAAUGGGAGGUGGUGGGAGCAGAUCCACUGUGGCAUGCGCAGCCUGGAGCAGAUGCAGCAGGACGCCUGUGACGCUGCCAUGGCCGCUGCUGCUGCUGCUGCUGCCGCUGCCGACGCUGCUAGCAUCGUGGAUUGCAGCUCGGCAGAGCUUCCCGGCGAUGCUGCUGCUGCUGCUGCUGCUGCUGCUGCACCCGCCGCAUGCGAGAGGACAGGAGAGGACAUACGGACGCCAGGUGCUCAACUCAAGGUGGAGGGCGCAGGCAGGGUGGGCAGGGAAGCAGGAGAUCACCAGCAGGGGGAAGACCAGCAGCCGCAAGAGCCGCAGCAGCAGGAGCAGGAGCAGGCAAGGCUGGGGCAAGCACAGCAGCAGAAGGCACAGCACCCGGGGGCAGCGCUGUUCAUGGGGGGCGGGGGGUCGGUGCUGGGGCGGGGGCUGCGCGAGCUGAAGGAGGUGUACGUGGUGGGGCGCGCACCCGUGGGGCGCGGGCAGUACGGCACAGUGCGCAAGUGCGUGCACCGUGGGACUGGCAAGGCGUAUGCUUGCAAGAGCAUCGGCAAGCGGAGCCUGCUGAGUGCGGCGGAGAAGGAGGCGGUGCGGCGCGAGGUGGGGUUCCUGGAGCGGCUCAAGGGGCAUGCCAACAUCAUCCGCAUGAAGGAGACCAUUGAGAGCACGAGGCACGUGCACAUCAUCAUGGAGCACUGCGAGGGCGGCGACCUCCUCGACCGCAUCCAGAUGCACCGCAACUUCCCGGAACCCUCCGCAGCGCGCAUCUUCCGGUCGCUCAUGCGCGCGCUGCAGCACUGCCAUGCGCACGGCAUCGUGCACCGCGACGUCAAGCCCGAGAACGUCCUCAUCGCCCACACCUCCCCCCUCUCCUCCUCCUCCCGCCCCGGCGCCGGCCACAUCGCCAAGAGCAGUAGCGUGGGCACGAGUGCCGGCAUGGGCGCGAGCAGCUGCAAUUUCAGCAGCGAUGCCGUGAAGCUGAUUGACUUCGGCGUGGCCACGCUGUACAGCCCUGAGAAGCCGUGCCGCGACGUCAUCGGCACGUCUGAGUACAUGGCUCCCGAGGUCUUCGACCAAUCGUACGGCCCGGAAUCCGACGUCUGGAGUGCGGGGAUUGUCUUAUUCAUGCUGGUGAUUGGCCGAGCGCCGUACAGCGACCCACCCUCCACUGGAGGCUCGGUGGCACCGGAGGAGAGGCCCGGGUGGCCGAGCGUGCUGGUGGCGAAGGAGGCGGGGUUCUACGGCGUGCGCGAGUGGGAGAACCUGUCGGCGGCAUGCAAGCACCUCAUCUGCUGGAUGCUCGUCAAAGACCCCACCGCCAGACCCACGCCACAACAAGUGCUCGCUCUUUUCAACCCCUGUGCUGCUGCUACCAGACAGCCAAGUCCCACUCCUGAUCCGGCUCCCCUUGCCCAUCCCAUGCUUGCUGUUUCCCAUUUCAUCAACAUGCCUCCUCCAUUCUUUCCACAUCCCGUCCCCAUCCCGCCCCCAUCCCGUCCCCAUCCCGUCCCCCAGAUCACGAGUGGCUAUCUAUGA